AUGGUGCAGUCGCUGAUAUGGACACUGCCUUGGCACGUGAUAGUUGCUGCUGUGUUCACUGACAAUCAAAGUAAUGGAUGUGCAUUGCUGCAGGAAAAAAGUGACAGAUCAAUGCUAACUUACUUCCAGGAUGACAAUUCGCACAUCAAGGUCACAGAGCAGUCUUCUGCAAAGCUUGGAAAAUCCACGCUCCGCAAUGCUCAGACCGUCUGUUCGGAUGGGUCCCAGGGUUCCACCUCACUGGAGGCAUGCCUACGGCUGUACACCCUGGCCUGCCACCACCGCUGCCGGCAACAGGAGUGCCUGGAACGCAGACUGCUGGAGGAACGUCAGCAGAUGGCGGCAUCAGCCCCUCGGCCUGCACCCCUGCCGGAGAAGAUCUAUGGCAGUGGAUGCGGCCAGGGCACCACCAGGCCAAAGCUCUCGCCCCUCCCCACAGGUAUGGAAGAAUGUACCUUCCACCCCAAGACCAAUGUGCAAAGGGUCUUGUCGAAAUCUGGAUGCCUGGUUAACGGUGAAAGCCAGCUGGAGGGUGCGCACUGCCACAGGAUUGCUGGCGGUGUUGACGGUGCAAAGCCCGUUCCGGCAGUUUCAGAGCCAGCUGGGUCUGAAGAACAGGGCACUGUGUCUGGCAGCCACACCCCUAGAGCGGUCAUAAGGUCGUUCAGACCCCAGCCUGCAUCGAGCACGCUCGACGACUUGAAUGACACUUUCACUGUCUCCGUUUCAGAAGUGGACGUUGAUGAUUUUCUCAAGCGCCAGACCACCUUUGCUGAGAACAGGGAACAGAAACUGCAAGAGCUGAGGAGGACAGUUGUGCCAGGACUGCAGAUGUCCCCAGGCUCGCGAAGAAUCUUGGAGCAACGGGAGAAGAGGCUUUCAAGGGAUAAAAACGUGACAGAGCAGAAUUUGGAGGGAGAGGGUGGGGAUGCAGGGUUGGGAAGAGAAAGCGAGGCUGGAAAUUCGGCCUCCAGUACCAUUGGACCUUGCAAGGGGAAAACCAUGGGGAGAGGCAGCCGUGUGCCAUAUCCAGGCUGCACAUUCAGGCCCAAGAUUUCCUGGAGGGCACAAAAGAAGCCAUCUCGCUCACUGGAUGAAUUGAGUUCAGCAGAGUUGCACAGAAGAGAGGCAAACUUGGUAAGAAUUCAAGGAUAG